AUGUCCGUGCCAAUAGGGGCAAAGAGCCCGCUCGAGCCGCACUUCGAGGAGAAGCUGCCGCUGCGCGCGUGCGACAUUGCAGAGGACCACUUCAAGAAGGAGCUGGUGCGGCACGAGAGCGCGGCAGGCACCGCGAGUGCGGGCACAAUCGUCAUCGUACACGACCAGUGCUACGGGCACCGCUUCUCUCGGCCGAAGACGCCCAAGAACAUGCUCAGUCUGAUCAUGGAGCGUCCGGAGCGCAUUCUCGCCAGCGUGCUGGGCAUAGCGACGGCAUACGUGCGUCUCGGUGGGCGCCACGCUGAGGGGCGCCACCCGUUGCAUCCCGACCACAGCCCGCCCGAGCGCAUCCCUUUUGCGAUCCGCAAGACCUCGCGCCUGGUCGACAUCACCUCACCAGUCGUCACGAACGUGCAUGGAACAAAGUGGAUGGAGGAGCUCAAAUCGUUGUGCGUGAAUGCAGGCACCAAGCUGGCGACCACAGGCAGAGAGUUGACAAGGGACACGCCCUCAGCGCCAGGGCAACCGCCGAAACACGAGUUCCACUCGGGCGAUCUCUACCUCUGCGAGGAGUCGCUGAAUGCUUUCCAGGGUGCGCUUGGCGGCGUUUUGGAUGCAGUGGAUGCAGUCUUCCAGGGCUCAGCUCAAGGCAAUGGCCCAUCUCGAGCCUUCGUUUGCGUGCGCCCACCAGGCCACCACUGCUCAGCCGACUUCCCAUCUGGCUUCUGCUGGCUGAAUAACGUCCAUGUCGGCAUCGAGCACGCCAUGAUGCAGUAUGGCCUGACCCACGCCGCCAUCAUCGACUUCGAUCUCCAUCACGGCGACGGCUCGCAAGCCAUCACCUGGGCGCGGAACAAGAAGGUGCAGAACAUGCACAAGAGCACAGCCAAUCGCAAGAAAACAUCCAUUGGCUACUUCAGCUUGCACGACAUCAACUCGUAUCCUUGCGAAGACGGCGACGACGACAAGGUUCAAGCAGCCAGUCUUUGUAUCGACAACGCACACGGACAGUCUAUCUGGAACGUGCACCUGCAGUCCUGGAGAACGCCAGAAGAGUUCUGGGCCAUUUACGAGGACAAGUACCUGGUUCUUCUUGACAAGACUCGCCAGUAUCUCAGAUUUCACACGAAGCGGUUCAAAAGUGGACCAAAUCAGCCCGCACCCAAGGCCGCCAUCUUCCUUUCGGCUGGAUUUGAUGCCAGCGAAUGGGAAACGGCCGGCAUGCAGCGACACGCCGUUAACGUGCCAACCGAGUUCUAUGCUCGCUUCACCCGCGAUGUCGUUCGCCUGGCUGAGGAGGAAGGCACAUCGGUCGACGGUCGCGUCAUCUCCGUACUGGAAGGCGGCUAUAGCGACAGGGCUCUGGCCAGUGGAGUCAUGAGUCACAUCAGCGGCCUCACGGAUGGCCAAGUAUACCACGACUCAAGCCCGCCCAGCCCUAGCAACGGCUCAGCGUUCGACUUGGAUCAAAGACUAGAUGGUCUCAAUCUCACAAAUGGCCAUCAGCCUGUACAAUCAGCUGAGGCUAAUUUGACGCCCAUCACUUACGACCCAUCGUGGUGGCAUGCAAGCCAUUUAGCUGAACUUGAGAGUCUGGUCCAGCCUCCGCUGCCGAUCGCUUUGAAGAAGAUCAAGCAGGGAUCUCUUGCUCAUUUCUCUUCUCCUACACAAUCCUUCACUGCCAAGGUCGUAGAUCCAACAAAACUCUCCCACCUGCAGCCCGUAAGAGGCGUCAACCCCUCUCGACCAAUCACUCCGCCUCCCCCAGACGUCGACUGGGCCACUGCGGCGCAUGCUUUAAGUGCAUUGCUGGUACCUCUGGAUCGCCAGACUAGGAGCUGCAUGCCCGAGGAACUUGCCCCGCCACAGAUUAAGAAAGAAAAGCCUGUAGCAGCACCGAGCUCGGCUAAGCCUGAGCCGUCCGGUCGUAAACUCCGAGGCCGCAAGCCUGUUGCAUCCUACGCAGACCAUGGCUCCGACGAGGACAAGGCGUCCCUUCGGACAGAGUCACGGACGAGUCGUCGACAGACCAUCGCCGACUUCCAGCCUGCACCUGCAGAGCCGCCGCCAGCUACUCCGUCGUCACGUCGUAUGAGCGUUGCUUCUAGCGUGUCAUCUGUUAGUGACUUCAGUGUCAGUCGUGGACCGGGCAUUCCGCCUGGCAAUUCAAGGAGGCCAAGUGCUGCACCUUCAUCCGUUUCUACGAAUAACAUUCCAGUCACGAAGGGCCGUGGUCCCAAUCCUGCCGCGUCGUCGCGCGCGCCCCAGCGGCCAACAGUUCCUCGAGUGCCAUCUGCCUACACUAACAAGGCAGCAUCCGUCAAAGGCAAGGAGAACGAUGAUAUGGACUCCUUGACCACAGGCUUGAAGCGUGUCACCUUGAAGAUGCCCUCCAGAGAGGAAUACGAGGCCCGAGAGAAGGAGAAGGCGGAAAAGAAUAAGGCUCUUGAAGCUUCCAAAAAGACAGCCGGCAAAAAAUCCCGGAAAGCACCGGGAAGUCGCACCGUCAGAGGCGACGACAAGCCUUCAGGCACGAAGCGUGCUUCGGGACGCACAUCAAAAGCCUCGGAGAUGGCAUCAUCACCAUCCGCCACACCAGCACCCACCAUGACACCAGAGCCUCCCCAGCUGCAAAGCGCCGCCGCAACACCACUUGAGCAACCAGAGCCGAUUCACCCCGAACCUGUGGCCAGCGUUGCACAGCAGAUAACCCCGUCUGUCGCCCCGCAGGAAAGCUCUCCCGAAGGCGACCCUGAGGCUAGUCGUCGAAGCUCUGCCGGAGUGAUCGAACCGCCGACCGAUCUCAGAGACUCAGUCAUCACCCCUGAGCAGCUCCGCGAGCAGCUGCCACUGCCUGCAUUCGUGACUGCUACAGCAGUACCCAAAAUGACGGCUCUGCAUCGUGAAGAAACGCCUCCACCACCACCGCCUGCCCCUGGUAUGCAGUUUGCGAACUACAACUCGCGGUCGUUCGAUCCAGCUCCUCCAGCUAGCAACCUGCCGCAAGCAUCGGAGCCUCAGACUCCAGCAGCUCUACACUGGCUAUCUCAGAACGCCGAGACAACAGCAGCACCGCUCCAGACAGGCUCUCGUCCCAUGUCGCCUGCCCGAAGACAAGAUCUACCAGUCUUUACCGCAAACAGCACAAUACCCUUUGCCGCACCAGGCCCUGCACCGGUGCCUCAGAGCGCACCCAUUGGCAUCAAGGCCGACGACCACAAAGACGUCUGGGCCGUACCAGACACACCAGCCCACUAG